AUGGGGCGAGCACGAUAUGAGACUAUCAAGUUAUUAGACACGAGGGACCACAGGGAACUCGCAAUCACGGUGUACCUUGGUUCAGUCGUGUAUGCGUUAUACCUUCACCCAUUGAACAAGGUACCAGGCCCAAAGCUCUAUGCUAUCUUCCGCAUCCCAUGGAUCCGAGAUUGGCUUUCAAGACGGUUGCAUGUCUCUGUGCAGCGACUGCACGAGAAGUACGGUCCUAUCGUCCGAGUCGCGCCGGACGAGGUGUCAUUCAUCACUGCCGCUGCAUGGAACGACGUGUAUGGGCAGAAAGUGGCCAAGUCCCUUAUCCGAGACGGCAAGUGGUAUGCGAACCUCACCGAAGGGCAGGAAGUCAUCAUCGUCGCCUCGGAGGCGGAUCACAUGCGCUUUCGCAAGAUCUUCGGGCCAGCGUUUGGCGAGAAGGUCUUGCACGAAAGCAGGUCGGUGAUUAUGAGCAAUAUCGAUCUGCUGAUUGCCCAGUUGAAGCACGAGCUCAAGAAGACGGAAGGGGUUGCCGACAUGGUGAAGUGGUACAACUGGACCACGUUCGACAUCAUUGGCAGUCUGGUGGUGCUCCAGAACAUCCGACUCAGCUCAUAUGGCGCGCUGAUGGAGAGAUAUUCGAUUUUCAAACGGCUGGUGAUGGGCCUUCUGCCCCGUCAUCUGCUGGAGAUGCGAAAUUUCCAUCUGACGGUGAUCCGGGACAAGAUUGCGUGGCGGUCGGAGAAGCCACGUCUCAUACCUGACGAGAGCGACCUCCCCUUGAGAGCGACCUCCCCUUAUCGCCGGGGGAGUUGGAGGCCAACCUCGACAUCCGCAACGGCGUUGUCUGCGGCGAGCUACUACCUCUGUCGCAACCAGGCCGCGGCGCAGAAGCUGCGAGAGGAGAUUACCACCGCGUUCCAGAGCGAAAGUGACAUGUGCCAUGACACGGCGGUGAUCCGAGAGGCACUGCGUCUCUACCCACCGACGCCGGUUGGGCUCCCUCGACGGGUGACGGUCGUGUAUAUCACUCAGUACAGUGCCUAUCACUCAGCGCUGAAUCUUCGAGAACGCAACGAGUUCCGGCCGGAGCUGUGGUUGGGGGAUCCCUCGUACGCCUCGGACAAUCUGUCUGUCGUGCAGACCUUUAUUACGGGGCCGUAUAGCUGCAUUGGGAAGAGUCUGGCCUAUAUGGAGAUCGGUGUGGUACUUGCCAAGAUGGUGUGGCAUUUUGAAUGGGAGCUGUCGUCCUCGUGUUGUUUUGAAAAGGAAAAGGUGUAUGCUCUGUGGCAAAAGUCGCCGAUGGAACUCCGGCUGCGUGAUCUGGUUUCGCAGUAG